AGACGUGUGUCGUUAGAUAGAAUGUUCGUUAGCAGUGCUAUCUCUUUUAAAUAAUAUUACAAACCCCGUAGAAAUCAUGGAUUCUACGGAGAACGAGUUGGAGGUGCUUGAGGCAGAUACGGUGUACCUGCUCAUGAAACAUGGUUUUCCCAUAUCUCGCAAUAUAAGGGCACAAUGGGUGCUCCAACAUUUGGAUACACUCAUAUCGGUACAAAAUCCUGAAUAUGAGAGUGAGGAUACGCCAGAGCUAGAAAUUGUUUCUGUACUUCCAGUAGAAAGUGAUCAUUUGUGGAGUCCAGAAAAUAAUUGGCAAUACCUCUAUAGGGUCACUUCUACAACUAAAAUUAAAUUUUUAUCUUAUAGAUAUAGAAUGGUUCUUAGUUUAGAUCUUAGUCCGUCUCUUGCAACUAUAGACAUAGAAAAUGGCGAAAUAGUUAUUGAUGAAAUUUAUUCAGCUACUCAAAAAUGUUUAGAAGGAAUAACGAGACCGUUUCUUAUUCCUGGAAGUAAACGAAUGCUACAUCCAGAAAUAUAUGUUACUGUGAUAGUUCAUACACCCUUUUUUACCAAUCCAGCCCAACAAGUGUUAGUUCAAGGCUGGCUAGUCACUACAGAAAAUGUUGGUAGAUUAAUGCAAGUGAUAGAAUCUGAAUUGAAAUUAUUAGAAGAAAAAGUGGCUCAAGUUACAGGCCUAGUUAAUUUACAAUUAGAAACAGUGAGACUAGAAAGUGAAAAAUUGGUAGGAGGUCUCUUUGAAGAAAGCAGUACAAAUAUAGGAAAAAAUAAUGCAAAUAAUAUUGGAACAAAUCUAGGGAUGGUUUCACCAGAAACUGGAUUUGUUAACAUGCUGCGAUACGGUAUGCUGGCAUUAUCUUUGCUGCCAGAAUAUAGUUGCGCACAAUUAGUAAUUAUUUCGGAUGGAAUUGUUGGAAUAAAUGAUGUCCAUGCCUUAGACUCUGUUAUACAACAAUUAAGAGCUACCACAAUAGCAUGUAGUUUUUUUCAUGUAGGCAGUUCCUAUCAUCCUCAUACGGCUAAUGGGCUAGUACCAUACCCUGAUUUAUUACGAUUUUUAGCAACAGCGACUUUAGGAACAUAUAUGACUGUUUUUCCAGCGUUGCCCGAAGAAGGAAACCUGGAAAUGAAUAAGUAUCAUAAAAACCUGCUAUGCUGGCAACUGUACCGUCACGAGCCCUUUGAAGUUCGUGGAAACGACGUCAAUAUUUGGAAAACGAAAAACAAUUACUUUUACGGACACGAGCCACCUCAAUUGUUGCGCAAAAAGCAAAUUGACGAUCAAGUCACCUGCACACUAAACAGUAUGCUCUGCUGUCGAUUGCGCGAAGGAUAUCUAAUCAGAAGAGCGAAUAUGCGCGACGGUAGUUUAGAAAUUUGCUUCGUCUUGCCAUGGAAAACUCAAGUCUUCAUCGAGUACGUGGUCACGUGUCCUCGAUUUUUGAAAACCCUCUCGAUCUGCAAUACCUUGCAGUACACCAUUACGAUUGAGGCACCUUACGAAUUUCUUCACGACAUCACUUGUCUAUCGAAGAAGCCCCUCAAGUCGCAGUACCGGCAAAACAUGGUUUCUAGAUUUUGGACGGCUCUGACCUCACUGACCGAUAGCGACAAUAUGCUCGCCCACUUCAGCUGGUUCCCGGGCAUGGGUCGGACCUGGUACAACGUACCGGACACGAUUAAGAGCGGCAUGCCGCUCUUUUACAUGACGUCGAGCCUGCCGAGUUCGAUUCAGCUGAGCGAUGCAGCCUGUCCUCAAUUCGGACAAAUGUGGCAGCCGGUCAUAUCUCUUGAGCCGACUCAGUGGUCGCGUUGGAUGCACUCGCAGCGCGUCACCCUCGUGCUACUUCAUGAUCGGCCCCUUCCGAAACACCUGCACCAGGCGAAUCAAAGCGGUCGAUUCCAAUGUGUGCAGUAUCGUCAAGCUGCAGCAUCUCUUUACGGCAUGCUGAAAACUUGGGCCACCUUUAUCUUGGUAGAAAAUCAUACGUACGUUCACUUCAUUUACCGAGAAGUAGAAAAACCACCGAUUUCCUUCUGCCUGAUCAACGUCAGUUGCAAGUCGCUCUGCGUAGUGUUAAACGUUGCAUUUGCCGCUGGCACCGAGGGCAUCGUCCGUCAUAAUAUCAUGGCGGAUUUGCUCGAUAGACUGAGCCAGCUAAGUCUGCCAAGCCGAAGAACUGAGCAAUCUCAAGUACCUUGCUGCAAGAUACUGCACAAACCUUUAGAAAAAAUACUCAUUAGGUACGAGAGGAUGCCUCUAAACUUAAAUACCGUCAUGUUCCCCGAUGGGUCUCAGAUAAUGGCGAAAAAUGGUGCCAUAAGUCCUGCUUCGUUUACUACCUCUUUGAGUCGUUACCUCUAUCACACCAGGUGGUUGUGGCUGCUUAAAAAGCCGACUCUAGUAACCCAGCCUGUCAGUGCCUUGCCAAAACCAAGUAUUGCUGCUAUUGCUAGGAUACUUUCAACAAUUACCAAGAUUCGCUUGGCGGAAGGAUUCAAUUUUUCAUAUUCCGCUGCUGGCAUAAUAAACACUGUGAUGGAAGUACAAAUGAAAGGAUCAGGAAGUAACGUCGACGGGAGUGCUGAAGCUAACUCGUACCCCUGCUUAGUCCAGUAUGUUUUAUUUCCUCCUCACGUGGUCGUUAAUCCCGUAAUCGAGAAGGACAGUUGCACCACCGACGAAGAUACCACCGACGAGGGUACUGCCGAUGGAGAAAACGGCUAUGAAGAUGGAGAAGCAAAUGGUGACUUUCAAAUAGUCAUGGAAGUAUGGAUAGAACCUCAAUUUGGAUACGUCCAGGCAAAUGACCAACAGAAGAAGGCCGCUUACAUGAGGUCGCUUGAAUAUUUCCAACUUCCGGAGGCGAUCUCAAAUAUCGAUAAAGAGGUGAUAAAUGCGCUAUUGACCCUGGAACAUUUAUGUUUGAUGUGCCAAACAAUGUCCUCUGAAGACGAGAUCGUCCACAGCACUAUGAACCAAAACCAGCAGCAACCACAGCAGAUUCAUCCAUUGAGCGCGAUAGGUAACAUGAGCAGCCUUACCGUUGGCAACAAGACUUCGAAGCGACCGACGUUCGCACAAAUAGCCGAUAAUCCAUUAGCCGACGAUCGAGUCAGAUCGAUGCAUUUUGAGUUCGACGCCCUCGCUGUACUACCCAAGUGCCAACAGGCUGAGCUCCUGUUUUCUAUGUUUACUGAUGACUACCAAGACCAAUUAAGAAUGGACUCAAAUGCCAAUAGAUUACUCAUGGGGAGCCUCCUUAGUCAUAUCAAAAGUCUGCAUAAUAAAGAGCUGAUCCUCAACGCUGCUGAAUCCGAUCGAUUUACCAGAAUGUUAGCCGCUCGUCCUAGAGAAGAGGGAUACAAAUACCUAUUUUGCAAUUACGACACCGACGACUCUCACGUUACGAAAACUGUCACUUCGACCUAUCCUCGCUGGCGUUGCUUUGUCAAGGGCAUCAGCACUACCCACGUGAUCGUGACGCUGGUGCCGGCUGCCGAGGCCGACGUUCAGCAGUUGAUCAGCCAACCAGAAGAUGAGAGCGAGCGUCAGAACGCGACGACGCCCCAGGCCGUAGCUCAGGGACUGGCGGAUUCCAUGAGCGAUUGCCGCCAACACUACGUGAGCGAUGGUACGGGUGGUCGAUCGGAGACUACCUCGCCGAUUCCACGAUUUCCUAUCGAGACUGUGGAAAAUCCGGACUUGGAUUACUUCAAAAAUGCCUUGGCAUUCAGCACCCCCAAGACAACGUCAAUCGACGUUUACAACGAGCAUCACGCCACUCCUGUCAUAUCGCCUUGCAACAUCUUGGGCCUUGGUGGCGAAACGCAACGCCGCACCAGCCUCGUAUUGCCCAUAUACGUAUACGACUGCUCAUUAGCGUUACUCGUCGACAGUCUCGUGGAAAAAUUAGAGAAACCUCGAUUCCGUGACGUCAGACAUGAUUACACGUUCCGCAUGGCUGACCAAGUACACCAAUUUCGAGAAGAAUUUGUCGGCCUCAAGUCCGGCGAUAACACCAAACCCUCAUCGCCGGAGCCUAAGAGCGAGGAUUCCGACAAUAUCACCGGUGAUCAACAAAAUUUGCUCGAGCACUGCAAGAUCAUCAGCCUUGCUCACUGUAACGCCUACGUCGUUUCCGUGUACAAAUCUCUGAUAGAGCAGCAGCCCAUCAAUUACAGCGAUAUGGAGGCUGCGGUCGAGCAAUGCGAGGAGUGCCUCAUCGAGAUCAACAUCACCGACUAUUUGCGUGCCGUAUGCCGUCAUCUUGGCAAUGAGGCCUUACCCCCUAGCCCUCUAAACGAUACCGACGAGGAUGGCUACGGAUGCAACGACACCUGCAAAGAUAUGCGCAAUUUACACAUGCUCAUUAAGGACAAGUUCCGAAAGAUCAUCAACGUCGCUUUUAAGCAGGUGUCUGUGCAUCCGGACUUUUACUUCUGCCUUCCUUACGGGAAAAAUGAUAAAAUAGCUGAAUCGAAAAAUAUGGUCUCGUCCGACAGCGACGACGAGGUUCGAUUCUCCUACACUAAUGAAACGCUCAACGGCAAGAUGUUUGGCUCUCUGAAGAAAGUUGUAAGUCACACCGGCAAUAUGACGAGGUCCUCCGCUGGCAUCAACCACGAUCGUCAGAAAUUAUCGGGGAGCCCUGAAUCUGUCGAAUCGUAUGAGAGCGGUCAGAAUGACGACGAGCAGCCCCUCUUUAUCCAGCUUAAUUGCUCCAUACACUCAAAGACCAGUUUCUCGAGCACUGCGGUCAAGCUGCUUCCAACAUGUUUUACGGAGAUUACACAGAAGCUCGAGGACUACAAUCUCAAGGACACAUCGAGUCUGAAAGUCACCCUGGACAUCAUAUGCUUGAAUCUACCGAAAGAGGUGCUCGAGGUCAGCAUCGAAAAUGUACCAUCCGGAUUGCGCACUACUUCUUACUGCAGUGAGGGUAGCCGUGGUGGCGACACCAGUACCGACGGCAGUUUUGAUCGUUCCUCACUGAAUCGCCAGCAUGGCUCGAUGCAUCACCAAAUGUCUUUCGAGACAGGAGAUCCGAUCCACGAGAAUAUCACGAAUCUGCCGUCGCAUCAAUACACGGCCGUGACUAGCCUCGUCGAUGAGAUCAACUGGUUGCUGCGAGAUGAAACUGCAGCGGUUCUGCUCGACCAACCCGAUCUACCCUCCAAGGCAAAUCUCGAAUUUAUCGCUCGGCACGUAGGGGAAUCGCGAAAUCGUAGCAGCUGCUACACGGACAAAGUACCUCUACACUUUGUCUUCUCAGUCGAGAACAGUCUACCCCGUUUUAUUGAGGAGUUGAAAACCCUCAAGGUCGACUCCUACAGUGUUGAGAAGGAAGACGAAAUAUUUUAUUUCGUCAAAAAUGAAAAAGAAAAGAGCUCUACCUUGGAUACAGAUUCUCCAACACCUGUAACUGUACGUGAUGAAGAAGAAUCUAAAGGAACAAUGCCAGAUGAUUCAGUAUUCAAUACGGAGGAUAUUACUCAAACAUCGGUUGUAACUAGUAACAUUGUUAAUAAUAACGUCAAUUCAAGUCAGAUAAAAAAACAAGAUUCUGGAGAAUUACCGGGAUAUCACUCGGAGAUAUCUAGUAUUGGCGACAACGGUCAGUUGGGAACUGACGAUGGUUAUGAAGGGGACAGCAGUGACACUGAAGACGAAUGCCAGUGGUUGGUCGAUUUAGAUCGCCGUCGCCCACGUCUACCUAAUUUCUGGCUUAUUUUACGUGUCUCCGAUGAUCAUGUUAACGUUUACUUCCAUUGCCGAUUUCUUGAACUUAGUUCGCCAGAAGUCGAUCGGUACCAGCAGGUGCAUAAAAACGCCGUCAGUCAGAUCAAGGCUAUUUGCCGACGAGUCAACCAAUACCUAUUGUUGCGAGAUCUGUACGAUAAACGGAUAUGCGAUCCUCUUCUAGAAAACGAGUCUGCGGAGGAUAAUAACUGGAAAAAUGACUCCAGUCACGAUAGCACUCCCGCUUCUCAGACUCAUGCACAUGCUUCACUUACAUCUGGAUCACACAUGACUCCUGGUAUGUUCCGUUGUCCUAUAGUUUGGGAGGUACCAUUUUGUCUUCAUCACCGGUUGAAAACUGGACCUGGCAAAACCGGCAUGUCACGCGGUAUCAAGGUUUUGCAGGCAGUACUGAAUCGCUUUUCCGUUAACAACCGAUCUAACAUGUUUGUGUACCAAGAGAGAAACAAGAACGUCUUUUAUCUUCGUUUGCACGAGCGAACCGGUGACGAAAAGUCACUUCAGAGCGGAAAAUUAUCUGAAAGCGACGAGAAAAUCGUCGUAUCACGCAGCAGCAGCAUUACCUCACUGUCGCAAACCAGAAUUAUGGCCCAGUCAACCGACCAUGUUUCGGGCUCAUCAAUAAAUUCAGAAUUACUAAGGCCCAGAGUCAGAUCUUUUGGCGAAAGGGAGUCAGAUAUAAUGAAUAAAUCUGGUGAUUCUAUUGUCCUGAUGGUCCAUGGUAUAUCUGAAGCUGGUCCAGAAGUCCGCUACGAUCUGGUACAAGUGCUGCAAAAUCGACUUGACGACGCGGUACUCGACGUUCUGGCUGUCAUGCUCGCUCGCAAUCCAAUGUGCAAACUCACACCGUCGGACGUGCGAUUUAUACAACGUCAGUAUCGGCCACCAGAGUGCUGCAUUCGAUUCUCUGUUCAGGAGCCGUGCCUUAGUCACAUGGCGGCUUUGGGUUUUUAUUUACGCCAGAAUAUCUUGCAAUUUGUUUAUACACCGAAGUACACCGACACCAGACCAUCUUCGCACUUCCAGGACUACUCACAGCCAGAGACGUCGAGCAAACAUGUCCCUGAAACGGAUAUCUUUCUGUACAAUCAGAGUCAGUCAAGUGGUAGUCGAGGUAUCGCUUGCAUCGCAAUCGCUAUUGUUAACGAAAACGGUGACAUCGUUCCAGCUGAUAAAGAACAUGCUUUUCAUCCCAUGACAAUGGAAUGUCCGAAAAUCAUCGAUUUUGAAAAUGUCGUACAAACUACUGUUUAUCCUAAUCAGAAUUGCGGAAGCAAUGAGGUUUCAUCCUCGCCAUAUGUCGAAUUUCGAGUUUGGAAACAAGGCCGAGUAAAUUUGGAAGCCCUAAUACUAAAGCUUAAAUCAGCUGUAAAACACGCGCAUUGGGAUUUAAUAACAGAAUACAACUUUUUGCCUCGACCAUUGGCAGUACCUAUUGAAUCCGAUGAAGUGCCUGCGAAAGAGAACUCUUUUGAUGACAAUCCUAUGAAACUCACACCUUAUGAAUUAGGAGAAAAGGGUCGCUUAGAGAAAAUAUAUCAUCUAAAUUUAGUAUACUGGCUGCAAUUCGGUCUGGAAAUAGCUGUCCCAACGGUUAGAAGACACGCCGUUUAUUUAGAACAUCGACAUUAUUUACCGAUUAUGUUACGCGAACUUCAAAAUCUCGUGCAAAGUCAUGCUGUUGACACGACUGCUCGUGCUUUUGGACGUUUCCAGAGGCAACCUUUCAUCGAUGGUAAAGAAGAUCUCAUCGACGAAAUAAUGCUAGAUAAAUGCCUUGAAACCGGAAUCAAUUGGACAAAGCUCGCUGAAAUUGAAAAUUCUGUAGAGAAUGUUGUUUUUCUACCCUGCAAUCCAACCAAAGACGAGCAAGAAACAUACACAAAAGGUUUAUUGAUCGCUCGAAAUUUUUCGCAAUGGAAAGCAUCGAGUAGUAGUCAAGUCUGGUCUGAACAAUUAAUUCCCAAAGUGGCCGAUCAAAAACUAUUGCAACAGUUUAACCCUCUGAUUAGGAAAAAAAUGUUCAUUCCACGACAAAGACUUUUGUUAGCUAAAGUGCAAAGUAAACACAUAAUAAUUUAUAUGUAUAAUUGGUCAAGGGAGCGCUCAGAAAAAUUGACACGCCAAAUAAGUAGUUUAGCACGUUGGUUGUCAUCGCGCUCGAUACUACAUUCUAGCCUACAGAUGCAGAAACUGGGCAUAUUUCAUCAUCAGUCCUUGCACCAUUUCAACGAUCAAAGAUCAGACGAUCGGUCAAACUCCUUCCAACACAUCGCAGACAUGGAAAGCCUGGCAAAAUUUCCAACUCAGGAGAAUUCGGACAACAAAGAAUGGCCUCGACCAGCCAGUAGAGUGCAAGUACCGAAGCAAUCGCCGGGUCUAGGAUUAACAUCGAUCCAAAUGAUGGACCAGGUGAUGCGCGAUGCCAAGCCGAGCGGCCAGUAUCCGACCAAUACGAUCGAUCCUGUCGUCAAAUCUGCCUACGAUUUUCAGGAGUUGAGGCAAAAAGACAAAAAAAUUAAAGACGACCUGGACAAACUGUACGCUAUUUGGCAAAGUCGCAACGUCCUUACCAGCCUUCCCAUUAGCCAGUCAAUGCUAAACUCGUUCAAACAGCACUCUCGGCUCAUUCACCACUGUCACACGCCCCUGCUGUUUUUGCCGAUGUGGAGACUAAAGUCCGCCGCGACGAGAGAUCAUACCCUUGCACCGCCCUUACAUCAACUCGUUCAGCCAGAAAGAUCGCGAACAGCGAGCAAUGCUUCUUCCAAAAAACAAGAUUCCACUGCAGUGAUCGAGUGGCAUCGAACCAUUUGCCAAUGUAUGCUCGCUGAGUACAAGCAAUACCUGCAACAGCUCGGCUUUAAUCCCAUCAAGAUCGAAGCUUCUGGGAAAAAUAAAGAGCAAGACGAUCAGUUCUUGAAAGAGGCAGUUUAUCUAAAAAAAUCGAUGCUGGGUGGUGUACUCCUUUUCGAGAUUCAUCUUUCUGAGCCGUUUUUCGUCGUGAAAAUCCGUGUAAUCGAGUGCAGUCGACUGCAGCGGAACAAAGCCCCAAUGGCUAAUCAGUUCAUUCAGAGCUUCAUUGAUACUUGUGACAAAAUCAAAAUAAGCAUGCAUCUCCAUUCGUUCACUUAUGACUUUCACCUGCGCUGCAUACAUUCGUACAUUGCGAACAGUAGUUCGGGGGUUCUUAAACAUGGUUAUCAUCUUACCCAUUUCCUCGAGGAUUUUAACAAAUAUUACACCAAAGCCCCGAACUUUGCUCGCAAUCUUAUGUGUAGCAGUGCAGUAACUGUUCGUGAUCUAGAGAUACCUGCCCACACUUUGUAUCAAUACUUACUUUCGCACGAAAACACCUACGGCAUGCAAGUGAUAGCAAUGCUGGACGACGAAGACGACCUGACUUGUACUUACGUGAGAAAUCAGGGUGGUGAUAGCUCAUCGAGUGAGCAACACAACACGGAGUACGUUUUGGUGCGACUGCAGAGCACUCCUCUGGUUAGUUACCACGACGGGACCCAGGACACACGCUACAUCAACGAUUUCGACGUUGCUCUCGUUGUUACCUGGGCAGAUCAGUUCCUCCCUCACGAUGAGGACUGCCGAGAGAUGACGCUCAAGUUUUACCUCAUGCUGACUAGCAAACGCGAAAUGUAUCCGAAACGGGACGCAGAAAACAGCGGCAUCGGCAAAUUCCGUACCGUUUACAGCGUAAUGAAAUCAAUGGCGGGCUCGUCGCAGCUCGACAGUCCUUCGGAAUCGAGUCCCGCUUCCAUAACCAGUCCGUAUUUCAAUAAGAGAGCUCGAAUUGAAGGUACAUCGUUAUCCAGGGAGCUGCCGGUCGGAAGUGUCAGGUCAGCUCUGUUGGAUAAUGCUGAAUCACUCAGCUCUCUGAAGGAACACGUCGAUGCGGAGUCUUUGGAUCCGGAGAGCUCGACUAUCGAUGUUAUGAGCGACCCCACUACCUCGAUGGCACCUACGCCACCACCGGUGCCCAAUUCACCUUUGACUGCGGCCAACGUGGUACCAUCAUCUUCCUCGUCCACCGGAAAUCUUAGUCAAAUUCGCCAGGAGUCCAUAAAUUAUCUUGGUUACUAUUCGUCACAUGAACAAUUGAUGCAGCAGUUGAUAAUUGCACAAGCCAAGAUAGCUCGCGAGCACAUAGAGACAAUGAUCGAACAGGGUGCACGUCAUUGUCGUACGCAUUUACUAUGGAACCGACUGCUCGAAAGCCGCUCGACCAUGACUUACGCUGAAUUUACGGAACUUCGGAAAUUGGCGAACAUUGAAUCGCUAUCGAGCCUCGAUCCAAGACUAAAUCCUCUGGUCAAUCAGCCAAUUGGUUGGUACCAGACUUUGGCCAAACUAUUGCAAAGUAGAUAUCAAGAGCAUCACAAGCAAUUCAACGCCCCUGAUGGUAAUAUCACACAUCAUCUGAUACUUCAUCCGAAUUACGUGCAAGCAUUCAUGAUGCUAACCAUAGACUUGCACACUUGCAGAGGCGAAUUAUCCGCUGUGUAUCGAAAAUCUGAAGAAAUUACGAGUACGCCAUUUACCAUAAGUGAUAUCCAUAGUCUGGUUGAAGACUUCGUUAAUACGUGCUGUUUUCAUCUCUGGGUGGGACUUAACUCCUAGAUAUAUAAGCAUACAAAAAUCAUUUAUAAUAUAUGUAUAUUUUUUAACUUUUCCAAGAUGAAGCUUGAAUGCUAAUAUAAAAUAAUUAUAUUUGUUACGUAAUAUCUGUUGUGAAAAAUAAAAAUUUAUUAUUCUUGUUAACUAUUGUAAAAACAUUCAAUCGAGGAGUUGAGGAGCGGAGAGGUUUUCAUAGAGUGUAAAAAUUUGAGUUUGAAGUUAUUAUGUACAGAAAUGUUUUAUUCUUAAAUUAUGCACAAAUUGCAAUCAAUACAAAUGUAUCUGAAACAAA